CCUGUCGCCAUCUAUAACUGUCUGUCUGAAGGAGGAAUAUUUUCUGAAGAUGGCACUGCCUGUUGGCUCCAGGGAUUCUUAUUCAUCUUGCUUCAAAUGGCAUCACUGAACUCCUUGGUAUGGGCGACUGUUGACAAGUUUGCAGAGAUCUGCUUCCCGCUACGAUAUACUCAGCUCAUUACAAAGAAGAGGAUCUUAAUUAUACUAGUGCUCUUGUGGACCUACUCUGUGGUGGUGGCAGCGCUGCCCUUAAUGGGAUUUGGAGACUACACUUUCAGUCACGAAGCUUUGAUGUGUUUGCCAACCUUCAGCUCAGCCACCGCAGUUUAUAGUGUGAUGCUCCUGAGUCUGUGCGUUCUUACACCCAUAACAGGGAUCAGUGUGCUCUACAUUUCAAUCAUUCACAUUGCCAGAUACCAGGCACGGAGAGGAACAUUUGUGUGCAAUGACCAGCACUGCUAUUAUGUACCCAUCCGAUCUUACUUUAGGAACACCAUCAUCUUAAUUGUUUCUGCCUGUUACCUGGUGGCAUGCUGGAUCCCAAUGAUCACAAUAACUUUUUACGAAAUCUUUUAUGCCCACAACGUUCCAAGCAUAGUGAAAAUGAUCUCCACUUGGUUAAUAUUGCUGACAGCUGGGCUAAACCCGUGGAUUAAUUCUCUUGCUCAACGGAAGUACAGGAAAGCUCUUCAAACAAGCUGGAGGAAGCUGAAACAGAUGUUUGUGAAAAAGGGCUCCAACCAUGAGCACCAAAGCGAGAACGAGAGACAUUCAAGUAUCCAGUCACACCAAUGUCUCCCUGGCAAUAACACAGUCAAUUCUGUUCAAACAUGACUGGGGGGGGGGAAGAGUCUUUGAUUUGUACAGCAAUGGACGUGCAGGCCACGUGCUUGUGUAAACAGUGACGCACAGGACUGUAAGGCUUCUCUGAUGAGGACUCUGCCACUACUGAAACUAUUUAUAUUACUGAACCGUAUAUUCAUAGUUAACAAAAUAUAUCUUUGGCAAAAAGAAAAAGAAAAAAAACUCAAAGGUUAAGUACAGCACUGAUUUAUAAUCAUGGGCAGAUAGGAAUGAACCUAUGAAAAACGUCAGGCUAAAAUAAAUGAGUGGAACACAGUGGUGAGGCUGUAUCUCUUGUAGGGGGAAAAAAAUGUACAACAGACAACAUUCACAACAUAACAGUGCAUGUUUUUUUUAACUUUUCAGAGAAUAGUAUUGUCUUUGUGUUAGAAAAAAAUGUCCUUAAAGGUUAUAAAUAUCUAUA